UGGCAAGAGUCCGAAGCCAGCAUCUCCGUCCCGAUCGCAGUCUAAAUGCAAUGCUAGCGAGAACAAUGACACAAUAUCGUCCAACGAGCCAUGAACAGUACCUCAAAGCCCUCGUUGAGGUCGUCCGGUCGUUCUGCUCAUUCUGAAAGCCGCGCGCCUACUGGCCAGGAGAGUCUCGCCGCGACGCCCGCGGCAUCGACGCGUCGCGCUGCAAAUCCGAACCCAUUACCCAUCAUCGUCGAAACAACAUCCGUCGCCAGGAAGCGACUUAAGCUGAACCCAGGUACCCCUAAACCGACCUCGAAAAAGAGCACCGCCACAGUGAGCAAGAGCGCUGCACGCGAGCGCCCUAGACCACCUACUCGAGUUACUGUCACACAACCGCAUGGGAAUCUUCUCCAAACGACUAAUGGGGUACGGAAAACUCUUGACAUUGUUGCCGAUGACCUUUCGUCUCAUCAAUUGACCCUUAAGACAAAUGAACGGAGCGAGAGCCUUCUCUCGCCCAACACAGACACCGAAAAGAAAGAGGACAAACGAUCUUUACGAUCACAUGGAGCUGGAUCUAGGCUCAAAAGCGAUCUUGCGAUAUACUUCAGUAAUUACGACGAUGUGAUAAAUGACGCUCCUCGAGAACCAGAAUUCCUGGAUCUUGACACGCCCAUCCUCGUAACCGAUGAGUCGAUUAAAGCCGGUAUCGCUCAAGCCAUGACUCCGUCCCCAUCGAAAACAAGCUUGUCGCCCAAAUCACGGCGCCCAUCUAUCAAAUCGUCGACACACACUGUCGAACGGCGAUCCUCGCAAAUGAACUUUCCAAUCAUUGAUUUCUCAACAUUGUAUAGACAUGCACAUCAUGACCCAUCUCAAGAGGACCCUCUCGAUGACAAGGUUUUCUUUGCGCCACACCGGCGAGCAGAGCGCAAAGAGAAACAACUCCGCAACAUUGAGAAGGAAAGAGCCAUGCACGAGAAGGUCCACCUCGACAGGCUUCUCGAAGGUCUGCAGGGCCCGGACUGGUUGCGCAUCAUGGGCAUAUCUGGUGUGACCGAUGGGGAAAAGCGUGACUGGGAACCGAAGCGUAACUACUUUCUCUCUGAAGUCCAAGCUCUCGUCGACAAGUUCCGCAUAUGGAAAGAAGGAGAAAAGCGCCAACGUGCAGAGAAAGAGGCCGCAUUGUUGGCUCGCGAAGAAGAGGAAGCUGCGAGCAAAGCUCACAGUGAAGUUGAUGACGAGCCAACAACCCCGGCAGAAGACAGUGAUGCUCCGAAUUCAAGUGACAUAGAUGCGUCUGCUGCUCAUCAGCUAUUACAAGAGGCAAGUUCUGCGUCGGUCAUCGCCAGGCGGCCGAAGGCACACCCUCCAGUCGUCUAUCUGCAUCCGCCUGAGCCAGAAUCGAAUGAGCCUUUCACUUCUUUCUUCGCCAAACCCCACCUCCGAGCAUCUGCCCUCGGAUCACACCGACACGGUCGAACAGCGCUCGCGUUCGGUCAACCUGUUCCUGAGGUGGCAGAUACCGAAUUCACCUUACCACAUGACUAUCUUACGCCAGAAGCAUUGAAGGACCAUGCUCGAAAAAAGCGGCGCAUGAAACGUGAAAGUACGGGAAAUGUCAAAUGAUUGGAUUGUUUUGGGAUCGUAUAUGCAUUGGUGGCGUUAUAGUGGAAGGGAGUGUAUUGUUGUCCAGCGUUUAAGCAAGCCUAGCACUAUGGGAACAUUGCGGUACAUAGCACACAUUAUUGUAGCAAUUGUGGUAGCCAUUGUUCUGCUCGAUGUCAAACACAGACCUGCAUGUAACAAUAGUCUUGUUACAGUCUUUCUUUCG